AUGCCUGUGCAGGGCAGCGAAACACCCGGCGACCACCCCAACCCGUGGCAAGCGACCCGAUCCUCCCAUCAGCUCGACCACAUUGUCGAGCUCCCCGAGCUGCACUCGCACGGAUCGGCUGCGGUGGAUGGACAGAACGGGUCGAUAACGGGUGCACAGCUCGUGGACGAGCCGAUCGCGAAGAAGGACGACGAUGCGCUCGCAGAGGAAGGGGGCGUCUACGCCGAGGUUCGCAGCAGGUCGAGGAGCGCGAGCACGGUGUCCUGGUUCGGCAGCGUGGGCAGUCGGUUGCUCGGGAGGAAGAGCAAGAGCUUGGAGUCGAGCUUGGGCGGGUCCAGCGGCGAGGCGACUCCACGGCUGCCUGAGGGUGUCCGUCUCGCGGCAGUGAGCCCGUUCGACGACAAGUUGAACUCGCUGUUGGUGCGGAUACAAGCAAAGCGACCGCGGCUAGGCCGCGCACUCGUCUGGGUCAGGGGUCCGUCGCCGCCGCACAUCGAGACCAUCCUCCCGCCGUUCCCCCUCCCUUACUUCGGUCCUCGCCUCGCCCGCUUCGAACGGUGGUGCACGGCUCGACUCAUGCCGUUACAGCGACGGAGACACCUCACGACACCCCUCUUCCUCCUUGCCUGGAUCCUCGCUUUCGCCUUCCUCGUCCGCGCAUCCUUCUUCACCUCGUCGACCAACUUUGGCGCACCGACCUGGGUCGACGCCACCUCGUCCUUCUGGUCCGCCAACGAUGGCUGCGGCAUCAACGGCACGACCUGCCAGCCCUUUACGAACGACAGCUUCAUCUUUCGCUGUCCGUCGCAAGUCCUCUCGACCCAGCUGCUCAACAAUCGCGCAGUCGGAGACGACCUCGUCAUCUACCAGCCACUCGUUGUCGGUGGAAUGGACUCGCAGUCGACUUACCGCGCCGACAGCUGGAUCUGCGCCGCAGCGAUCCACCACGGCUUGUUCGACGAACGGCGAGGCGGGUGCGGUGAGGUCCAGAUGGUCGGCGAGUUUACGGGCUACGUCGGCGGCAAGCGCAACGGCGUCGACAGCAUUGCGUUCGAGUCGACCUUCCCGAGCAGCUACCGCUUUGUCGGGGGUGUCAGCCAGAACGGGUGCCGGGACUUGCGCGACGACAUUGUCGGCUUCGACGUCGCCAUGACCUUCAUCCUCUCCUUCUUCAUUAGACCGGGACCGCAAGCGUUUUUCUGGAUUCUGCUCUGCAUCGGCGCCUGGCAUGUCAUCCUUGUCAGCGAUCCGUCCGCCAUGCCGCCCAAUCUCGAGACGGCCUUCAAGAACUUCCUCCCAGUCCUCUUCGUCGGCGAGUCGUUCUGGCGGCACGCUUGGCGCUGGGUCGCACCGGCUUUCGAGAACUCAGGCUUCGUCCUGGAGCGAACGGUGUGGUACUUGGCGGGCUUCUGGGUCGGGCUGCUCAUCAACGUCUCGCUCAACUGGAUCCCCAUCGACCGCCUGACGCCGCACGACAUUAACCAGCAGCCGGGCGGACUCGUCGCAGUCAUUGUCCUUGUGAUUUUCAUCCUCCUCGUCGUCGUGAACCAGCUGCGCGUCAUCCGGCGGACCGGCUGGUUCUUCUUCUACCUCCGCUGGUACAUCGUCGGCGGCGUCGUCGUCGGCAUCCUCUCCGCCCUGCCCGGUCUCGAGUUCCGCCUGCACCACUACAUCGCCGCCAUCGUCCUCAUGCCCGGCUCGGCGUUUGUCACCCGCCCGUCCGCCAUCUUCCAGGGCUUCCUUCUCGGGAUGUUCCUCGACGGCGCGAUGCGGUGGGGCAUGGACUCGAUCCUCCAGACACCGGCUUCGCUCGUCGGAGACGGAACGACAGGCAGCCCGCUUCCCGAUUUCCUCACCAACGCGACCAACUUUGCGGCUGCCGUCUCGAACGGCUACAUCCAGUGGUCGAGCAUUCCCGAAGACGUUGCGGGGAAGGGGUACGACGGGUUCGCGUUGCUUGUCGACGAUGUCUUGCGGCAGACGGGUGCGGCGACGAACUACUCCCUCGCCGCGCUCGAUGCGAACGUUGUACACUACUUCCGCCUCGCGUACCAGCAAGGCGGCACCUCGGGCGACUUUACAAAAGCUGCGACGGCUUUCCUGUCGAACAGCACCUGGAUCGACCCCGCUUCCGGCCCAUCCUAG